AUGCCUCCAGAUCCUAAAGCAAAGCACAUCGUCUUCGACGUCGUCGGAACCCUUGUCUCCUACGAGCACUUCUUCACCGUCAUCGACCGCCGUCUCGGCCCCACCCUCAGUGAACACAAUAUCUCCGCACGGAUUCUAGGUUUCGCAUGGCUCGAGUCGGCAGAGCGCGAGUACACGUAUCUCUCCCUGUCCGGCCAAUACGUGCCCUUCGCAAAAGUCUUCGAAGCAAUCUUCUUCCGCGUUCUGCACUUUGCCGGCGUCGCUGACCCGAGGAGCAUCGCAACAGAAGACGAUGUAAAGUACUUCAUGCAAGAGUACAAGAACUGCCAAGUCCGACCAGGUGUGAAAGAGUGCGUGGAGCGCUUGCGAGAUGCGGGAUGGACAGUGUGGGCGUUUACGAGCGGGGACCGCGAGAGAGUGACGGGGUACUUUGAGAAAGGGGACGUGCGGAUUGAGAGCGGGAAUCUGAUCACGUGUGAUGAGGUGGGCGUGGGGAAGCCGGAGCUCGCGGCUUAUAAGAAGGUUAAGGAGAGGAUUGGGGUGGAGCCCGAUGCGGGGUUGUGGUUUGCGGCGGCGCAUUCGUGGGAUGUGAGUGCGGCUGGUAGGGCGGGAUUUAGGACGGCGUAUUGUACGGUGUUGGAGAAGGAGGUUUUGGAGGAUGUGUUUGGGAAGACGGAUGUUGUUGCUGAUACGCUGCCGGAGCUUGCGGAUAGGAUUGUUGCGGCGGUAAAAUGA